AUGGCGGAUGUUUCGUGUGUUUUAAUCAAGAGAUGUAACUCCGACUGGAGCUGUUGCGGUAUCGUUUUAGACAGUGAUAACGGCAUUUUGUUAACAGUUGCGUCUCUAUUUAAUGAUAUUUUGCAUCAAAAUGAAAGGCAGCGGACAAUUUCCGAGGAUUCCCCCGUCCUUGCUGGUUCGAUGUCGCCGAAUUAUGACGAAAUCGCCGUCGAAGUUAUUUUUCGAAGUCACACAGACGAAGAACUUAGAACACUCAAAGGCUACGUGAUCUUGUUUUGGAGAGAUUACGGACUACAUAGAAUUGCUGAACGCAUUUUUCCGACAUCAGAAUGGAAAUUCGAAUCAUUUGGUCAUGAUCUGAAAUAUCUUCAAGGAGCAUCCGAUGAAGAACCAGGCAGCGAUACUUCCCUGCAUCAAACCACCUUAUCGGAUUUUGCUCUGAUCAAAAUAAGAGAUCCUGAGAAUUCCUUCUCAUCUUGUAGUUCGGUUAAUCUGACAACACUGCGUGGCUUUGAACACCCCAAAAUAGGCGAUUCUUUGUCUGUUGUUGGCACACCUUUCGGGUGUGAAUGCCCCUCAGUUUUCUUCAACAGCGUUUCCAAAGGGAUCGUGUCUAACGUCCUUGGUCGUCACAGUGAAAUGAUCAUCACUGAUGCCCGUUGUGUUCCAGGCUGUGAAGGAUGUGCAUUGUACACUUUCAACCACAAGCAUGGAUUAUUGAAGAAUGGAGAUCUUUAUGGAAUUGUUCUUGCACCAUUUUGUUGGCGGAAUGGCGAGUGGGUAGGAAUAACAUUAGCAAGUUCACUGUGGUAUGUUCUACAUAAUUUGUCUCAACUUUUUAGGAGAAACAUAUCUUUGAUUCCGCACAAGUUAACAGGAAUUCUAGCCAAUGUGUUAGACAUCCAGGCCAAAACACAGACUCAGCUGGAGGUCAUUGCAGAAGACAACAUGUGUAUGUACAAAGGUGAAAGCUCAACUGUUAUACAUGCAGAUCAAGACAGUCUUAGCCAUCAGGACAUUGUAAAGACAGCUAUUUCAAGUGUUGUAAUGGUUCAAUGUGGUAACAGAUGGGGCUCGGGCAUUAUCAUAGACAAAGAGGAUGGUCUCAUCGUAACCUGUAGUCAUGUGGUUAGAAAUUGUCAGAACCCCCUUAUUGUGUUGGGAAGCAGUAACACUGUACAGUAUUUCAAGGGCAAGGACAAAGACGAGCUAUCUGGGAACCAUGAAAGUAGUAUUCAUCAGAAAGUACAGGUCCUCUUUGCCACUCAAGAAGAUAGCCCUUUAGAUUUUGCGUUGUUGAAAAUGCGACUAAAUCAUCAGUUAAGAUCUCUUAAAUCAAGGCUAGGGAGUAAUGUUGUGCAGAGAAAGCUAGCUGAAUUCUACACCAAACCUGUUUAUUGGAAAGGCGAGGAUGUCCUUGUUAUUGGUUUUCCACUGUUUGCGAGCCACCUGAAUACAGGAGCAUCAGUUGUUUCAGGGGUAAUAUCAAACAUUGUGCGUGUUCAGAACCAGACAGUGUUACUUCAGUCAACUGCAGCAGCUCAUUGUGGUGCAAGUGGAGGGGCACUGGUGUCCGCUGAGACUGGGGAACUGUUAGGAAUGGUAACAAGUCACGUUAAAGAUGCAAACAUGUCAUGCGCCUUCCCUCAUGUGAACUUUAGCAUCCCAGCUGACUUACUACAUAAACUUGUUUCAUCAGUAAAGAGGGGAGUGGUUGAAAAUACUUUGCAAACUCUAGUCUCAGUUGACAUGAAAAAUAUUUGGCAAUUAGAAAAAAAUUUUGGGGACAAGCCUCGCAUUACUAGCAAACUAUGAGAAGCUAUUUAACCUUUCUUUCAUGGAAGUGCCCCAAAAAGGAAAUUCUCUUUACAAAAUUUCUACAUUCUCAAGAAAAAAGCUUAUGAGGAUAGGGUAAAAUGAUCGACAUAGGGAAGUUAGAUGAUUUCUCAUUAAAUUCUCAAAGCUUGAAUAGUAGCAAGUGUAUGACAGACAGUGAAGAGAAUUGAUGCCUUGAUCAAGGAUUGAAAGGGUUCAUCUUUUAAGCUUUUGGUUUCUGUAUCAUGAAGACAAAGGGUAUCAGAAGUAAAGGUAAUGAUUGUA